AUGACUCUUCAGAUCUUACAUAUUUCCACAACCACGGUCAGACCAACAACUCAGGAGGAUCUAUUAACGGCUCCUAAAAUUGAGUUAACUCCAUGGGAUCUGAGAUUAAUCCAAUUUGAUUACAUUCAAAAGGGGAUUCUCUUCCACAAAUCAGCUGAGACAGAAGACAGCAAUGUCAGCUUGGUACAACGCCUAAAAGACUCUCUUUCAUGCACCUUGAACACCUUUUACCCGCUUGCUGGCCGCUUGGUUGUAUCUGAAAAUGCUGAAGAUAGCACUGUUUCUGUCUCCAUCAACUGUAACGGUGCAGGAGCCGAGUUUGUCCAUGCAGCUGCUGGCGGCGUCAAGGUGGCUGAUAUCCUUAACCCUUACAUUCCUGAUCACGUCGUCUUCAACCUCUUUUCCUUAAAUGAAGUUCGAAACUACGAAGGAGUUUCGAAACCACUUCUAUCAGCACAAGUGACUGAGCUUGUUGAUGGCAUCUUUAUCGGUUGCAGCCUAAACCACGUGGUUGCCGACGCAAGGCUCAAAGCAAAGGCCAAUGCUGAGAUGGGCACAACCAGUAACAUCUCAUCUCUUCAGGCACUCAUGGCUCAUCUUUGGCAAGCCACGACACGUGCCAGGCAUCUCCAACCUGAUCAGCAGGUUAACUAUCGGUUUGCAAUAGGGUUGAGGCAAAGAUGGGAGCCUGAAACGUUGCCAAAAGAGUACCUCGGGACUGCGAUUAUAGGCGUUAAUGUGACCGCCAUUGCAAGUGAGCUGCUACAAAAUGGACUUGGCUGGGCAGCUUCCCAAAUAAACAAAAAAAUUUCCUCCCUGACACCUGAACAAGCGAGGAAUGACUUGGAGGAUUGGGUAAAGAAACCUACACUUAUUCCGAAUAUGAGGAACCCAACAUUGUUGGCCAGAUUACUUACAGGAAGCUCUCCUCGGUUCAAUGUGUAUGGUAAUGAUUUUGGGUGGGGUAGACCACUUGCUGUUCGAAGUGGAGCUGGUGACAAAAUGGAUGGGAAGUUAACAGUGUUUCCUGGGGCUGAAGAAGGAAGCAUAGACAUUGAAGCUUGCCUUUUGCCUGAGACUAUACAAACUAUGAUGGACGAUGCAGAGUUCAUGGAGGCUGUAGCUUAA